GGGUAUUCUGUUGCUACUAAAAUGAAAUUAUUUUGUGCUGCUGGAGGAAUCCAAAUCUCGAUAAAAAGUAAAAAAAAAACACAACAAUCUAUAAUCUAUACGACGAAAGUGAGUAGUUUAAUAACACUUAUAAAAUAUCUGCAAACUUGGCAAGUCUUCUUGAAGGAUGAGUUCAGGAUUUGUGACGGAGAAGGAGGUGGAAGAAACAAAGAGACUUCGUCAGGAAGAAUGGGAUCGGGUCAGAAAGCCAGAUGACCCGGAAGAGGUUCCACUGGCUCCCGAGCAGUUGCCUGACCGUCGAUCACUCUUCGAUAGGCUCAAUGAACAAAAGAUGAAGAAACAAGAAGAGUUUGAAGAAGCCCACAAGUUCAAGAAUCUUGUUAAGGGACUAGAUGAUGAUGAGGCCGACUUCUUGGACCAUGUGGACAGGAAGAAAUGGGAGGAAGAGCACCAGAAACGAGUGGAAGAAGCAAAAGAGCUCUCAGAUUUUAGAUCCAAAGUUGCAGAGCUUCGGGAAAAAGAUUUGGAUGUGUUAAUCAAACAGGAAAUUGGAUUAAUCAAGACUGACAAAAAGCCAGCGGUAUCUACAGACGACGAUCUCUUAUCCAUUGGUGCAAAAAAGACUUCGCAGUCGAAACUUUUGGCAGGGUUGGUAAAACGGAAAAGUGUGACCGAGUCAUCAUCAUCUGCAGAAACCUGCUCAGAUGCAAAAAAGCCACGACAUGACAGCCACACCAAGGACGAGUCUCCACCAGCCGUCAGUACGAGUGCGGAGAACAAUUCAGAAAUACCCAGUGUUCCGUAUAAAGGAAAUUUAGUCUGCAUUGGAGUACUCCCUGGGCUCGAGUCUUAUUCAAAUUCCAGCAGCGAGUCUGGGGAAGACGACUCGAGCAGCGAAUCUGACCCUGAAAAUCUGCCCGUUCGAGAUCUUUGUGGCAGGAAAAUUGUAGCACAGCAAGAGGAAGACAAAAGUGGGUGCAAAGAAAAAAAGUAAAACGUCAUACAAACUUUUAUGUACUGUAUAUAUUGAUUAAUGUCUAAUUUGUAAACCCGUUUCUACUGAUAAAAUAGAUUUUAAAUGCCAAUAA